AUGGAUGGGAUUGGAAUUUGGGAUUGGGAUGGGAUUUUAGCAAAUGGGAGAGAAUUUUGGCAAAUGGGAUGGGAUAUGGGAUGGGAUGGGAUAGGGGAUUCUCCCAUCUCAUUUAAUAUAGGCGGCAAAAAUAUAGUCGCAGGAUCUCAUUCUGAAUCUAAUGCAGAGAUCGAUACAGAAGUGAUUAACAUAACUGAAGAUAAUGCAGAAAUCGAGAGUUUUACACAGAAUGAGAGGAAUACUCGCGAAAAAUUACUUGAAGUUUGGGCACAAUCCAAGAUAAAGAAAGAAAAUUUAAAGAGGACCAUGUGUCAUCGAAAAGUUGAAAAUUCUUUAAAUGAAGAUCAAUAUGCAUGCCUUAAUACGAUUCUUAAAAAACAAGCAGAUUUGAUUCCUAUUAUUAGAGAAGACACGAAUUUACUUGGUACAAUUUACAGCUAUCUCAAAAUCGAAUAUUUGAUCCGUCCCUUACCGUCAGUCUACCUUCUUGAACGUUUUAUGUGCACCAAAGUACCAGAGACCUUUGACGAUUUUGAAAAAUUUUCUAAAGAUAUGGCGCAACUAAUCAAUUGGCAGGCGGAUGUGUUAUUUACGGUCAAAAAAUCAAAACAGUAA